AUGAAAUUUAACAACUCAGCUGUAGUUCUGGUCCUUUUUUUUAUUGCCUGUGCAUUGGCAAUUCCAACUCCAAAAGAUUUGGUCGAUGAAUACACUCUUAAAGUAAGAGGUGGAGGUGGAGACUACAAAGGUGACCACUAUGAACAUGACUGGAAAAGAGAUACUCUUGAAGUAAGAGGUGGAGGUGACAAAGGCCACUACGGUGGCCACUACGGUGACCACUAUGAAAAUGACUGGAAAAGAGAUACUCUUGAAGUAAGAGGUGGAGGUGGAGACUACAAAGGUGACCACUAUGAACAUGACUGGAAAAGAGAUAAUCUUGAAGUAAGAGGUGGAGGUGGAGACUACAAAGGUGACCACUAUGAACAUGACUGGAAAAGAGAUACUCCUGAAGUAAGAGGUCACGAUCACGGUCACUACGGUGGUCACUACCACGAUGGCGGACAUGGAUAUUCCCAUGAUCACAAAGGUGAUUGGUAA